GAUGCUCCUCCAGUACCUCGCCUUGAAGCGCGCCACCAAGCCCCAUGGCUUCAUCUCGGACGAGGAGGUGCGCGACGAGAUCGUAAAAAACAGGGUCGACAUGAAGGGCUUUGAUCGUCUGGGCCGCCCCAUGGCGUAUAUCUAUGGCGCGCGUCACGUCCCCGGUCGUCAUGACCUCGACGGGUUCAAGCGCUAUGUAGCCUAUGUCCUUGACAAAAUUUGCACCAGGUUGCCGGUGGGGCAGGAGAAGUUUGCGGCAGUGAUAGACUUGAGAGGAUGGGGGUAUGCAAACUGCGAUAUCCGAGGCUAUGUGGCAGCAUUGGACAUUAUGCAAAGCUAUUACCCAGAGCGGCUGGGGCGCGUGUUCCUUAUCCAUGUGCCCUACAUGUUCAUGGCCGCAUGGAAGGUGGUGUACCCCUUCAUCGAUGACAAGACAAAGAAGAAGUUUGUCUUUGUUGCUUAUAGGGACCUUGAUGCCACGCUAAGGGACGCCAUCGACGAGUAUCAACUCCUCGAGGAAUACGGUGGCAAGCUCAAGCUAUAGGCUACAAUACCUUUACUGCUGUACAAGUUCGUAUGACUAUCAAACAAUUAACAUGCCCAGUUAAAGGUGCCCUGAAACCGCCGUCAA